AUGCAACUGUCACCCGUUCUCUAUGCUGGAGUUCUUGUCUUGACCAUUGUCAUCGCUUCUCCAAUCACUUAUGAUCAAGUCCGAGGCGUUCCCUACAGUGUCUCGUACGAUCAUCGAGCAGUCACUAUCAACGGAAAUCGCACCCUGCUCAUUGCGGGUGCAAUUCAUUAUCCACGAUCGACACCGGGUAUGUGGCCUUACAUAAUGUCGAUGGCUAAACAGAACGGUCUCAAUACAGUGCAAACCUACGUAUUUUGGAAUAUACAUGAACAACAACGCGGUACGUACGAUUUUAGCGGUCGCGCCAAUUUAAGCGGAUUUCUCCAAGAAGCGGCCAGUGCAGGAUUAUUCGUUAACUUACGAAUCGGCCCGUAUGUAUGUGCCGAAUGGGAUUACGGCGCUCUACCCGCUUGGCUCAACAAUAUUCCCAACAUUAAGUUUCGUUCAAACAACGAACCAUGGAAGAAUGAAAUGAAACGCUUUGUAUCGGACAUCAUCUCCUAUGUCGAGCCGUUUCUCGCUAAGAAUGGUGGCCCGAUUAUUCUUGCUCAGAUCGAAAAUGAAUAUAAUGGAGACGACAUGGCUUAUGUUGACUGGUGUGGUAGUUUGGUGUCGAACGAUUUCGCAUCGACACAAAUUCCGUGGAUCAUGUGCAACGGUCAUUCGGCUAAUUCGACCAUUGAAACAUGCAAUGGAUGCGAUUGUUUUGAUGGAAAUUGGAUGGAUGAACAUCGCCAAAAGUAUCCCAGUCAACCGUUAAUGUUUACUGAAGAUUGGGGAUGGUUUCAGCCGUGGGGCGAAGCAUUAGGUGUUCGAAAAACUGAAGAUCUUGCCUAUACGGUCGCUGGAUGGUUUGCUGCCGGUGGUGCCUAUCAUGCGCACUACAUGUGGCACGGCGGUAAUCAUUAUGGACGGACGGGUGGAUCAGGUUUGACGACAUCGUAUUCCGACGAUGUUGUCCUUCGUGCUGAUGGUACGCCGAACGAACCGAAGUAUACCCAUAUAGGUCGCCUUCAAAAUCUUCUUGCUGAUCGAGCUGAAGCAAUAUUAAGUCAAGACUCGACUCGAUCGCCGCUGCCCUACUGGAAUGGAGAAAAAUGGACAGUGGGUACUCAACAAUUCUCCUACUCGUACGCUUCAUCCAUACAUUUUGUUGUCAAUCAAGCCAGAAUUCAACUCUUUGUCCUUUUCAACAAUCAGAAUAUUUCGAUGCCGGCUCAAUCCAUUCAAAUCUACGACCACAGUCAAACUCUACUGUGGAACAGUGCCAAUGUUAGUGAUAUUAAUACUAACAAUACUGUCCUUGUACCCAUUGUCAGGAGUCCACUCGAUUGGCAAUUCUAUUCGGAACCGUCGGUGUCUGAUUUGCCUGUGAUCACGGCUUCGAAACCGUUGGAACAACUUAACUUGACCAAUGAUGAAACCAUCUAUUUGUGGUAUCGCUGUAAUGUUUCUCUUGUUCAACCAUCUGCACAUACAGUUGUCAAAGUGCAAACGCGCAAAGCAAAUAGUUUGCUCUUCUUCUUCGGUGGACAAUUCCUGGGCAUCUUUAACAACGAUGAACAUGCACAAGGCACAAUUACAGCUAGUGUUACACUUGAUCUUUCGCAAUUUCGUCCCAAUCAACAGUAUCUCUUCGAGAUUCUCUCAGUUUCGCUUGGAAUCGAUAAUUUUAACAUCGGACCAGACUCUUUUGAAUACAAAGGUAUUGUAGGAGAUGUGUCGCUAGAUGGACAAUCAUUGAUUGGUAAAGUGUGGGAGCAUCAAAAAGGUUUAUUUGGUGAAGCACGUCAGAUUUAUACCGAACAAGGUUCAAAAUCAGUCGAAUGGAAUCCUAAAUGGACGACGGCUAUCAACAAGUCGAUCACUUGGUUUCAAACUCAUUUCGAUCUCGAUCAUCUGGCACGAGCAGAUCUCAAUGCUAAUCCUGUCUUGCUCGAUGCACUUGGCCUCAAUCGUGGUCAUGCAUUUAUUAACGGAAACGAUCUUGGUCUCUACUGGUUGAUUCAAGGUAGCUGUUCGAAUGUACCGUGCUGCUGUCUUCAAGCUCAAAUUCAUUGCUGGGAACCAUCGCAACGCUACUACCAUAUUCCAUCCGAUUGGUUGAUGCGUAAGAAUAAUCUGCUCACAGUAUUCGAUGACAUAGGCGCACCAUCACCUGGAUUCGUUGGUCUUGUGCAGAGGAUCGUUGUUACUUAG